UACACGACAAAAACCACUCUCUACGUGGCACUUGAAUACCAAAAACAGUCAAAAUCUCUGUCCUUUAUUACUACUCCUCAUAGCUGUAGCGGGCCCCACCAUAACUCUCCUUUUGUACUAUUCAUUUUCUUCUCCUUCUUUUUUUCCUAUUUAUGUUAUUACCUUUCUCCAACGAUAUUCAUUCGCCACCAACAACAUAAACACGCUGAACAAAUUAACAGUGACACCACACCAACAAAAAACCAGAGAAUGAAAUAUGGUUGGUCUUGGUGUAGUCCUAGAAGAAGUUGAAUCCACGAAAAACAACACUAUCAACAACAUCAACAAUAACACUCUUCAAGUUAUUAACAAAACUACCAUGAUGCUUAGCACAACCAAAACCAACGACAAAGCCUCAAAUCCUUUUAAGGUUUCAUCUUUUCUUCACCAAUGUUUCCUAUGUAACAAGAAACUCUUACCUGAGAAAGAUAUCUACAUGUACAAAGGAGACAGGGCCUUUUGUAGUGUGGAUUGUAGGUGCAAACAGAUUUUAACAGACGAGGAAGAAGCUAUUGAGAAACAGAAAUGUUCUUUGGAUUAGAGUUUUUUUGUUUUUUAUUUAUUUUUGGGAAGCUAUGUUAUUCCAGUUUUACCCCUGCUUUAAUUUUGUAAUGACAUCAUUAUCCUUUGUCUUUUAUUUUGCUUCCUAGUAUGAAGCCAAAAUAUCCUUUCAGCUUUUAAAUUUUUUGGGUCCAUCUAGUGUAAGAUGAGGGGCUUUCUCUAUGAUGGUGGUGGUUCUUUUCUUGCUAUGCUUUUAACUCUUCUUUAAGUCUA